UCAUGAUGCAGUUAAUGACAUUAAACUCGUUAUUGAUGUUCGAUCUUGUAUUUCUAUUCUUCCUGUUCCUCGUGGGUGUAUCAUGUUUAGUUUACUAUUUACCUGGAAGCCGCGGCUCAAUAUCCCUUACCCACGAGAUUAUUAACGCGAGAGUACCUCCGCGUGAUGAUCAACCCCUCGAUGAUGUGUAAGAAUGUCAGUAGAUACAGGAAGUACAGUACUUCCGGUUUUAGCUGGAGACAUUCUUGCACUCAGGGGAACAGGAUUGGCCGCUGCCGAGACAUGGGCUCUUCUCUGCCAAGCUGCCCAGGCCCUCCAAGACUUAUUUCUUUCCAACAGCGGAGUUGUUGGAAGCGGUUCGCGGGCGGGGCCGGUGGUGACUCCUCACACACUUGAACUCACACCCCGGGGUAGAGUUAUAUUGCAGAUGGCGUCUCCGGAAACAGCUCGAGCGUAUUUACCACCAGAAUAUAGGCCCGGUCGUUUGUAUUCAGACACUGAAUCCGAAAAAAUGUGGAUGUACUCGCUGGGCCGUGCGUUAUUGGAUACCACCCCACGGGUCGCUGCCCUAACAGGUUCAGUGUCAGUUUCACCGCCUUCGGCACUACAGUCUGUUUUAGCAGCUAUGAUUGAACCGGAUCCGCAGCGACGUGCUUCUCUCAUGAAUCUUCUUGAUGUAAUAUCAGAGUAUUGUCGUACGCGUAUGUUGUCAAAGCCUUUUACUCGCAUAGUAAUGGACAUGUAUCGUGAAGUUAUAAGAUCACCUCAGUACAUAGCCCGUAACCGGGCAGCAUCCUCACGUCAAUUACAUCCUCAUCGUUGGAAUCAACGUACCGAAAACAAUGAAAAAUCAAUUCCCCAAAGCUGUAACUAUACAAAGCCUCACCACGUCAAAGGACAGAUUUUCAAAGCGCAAUCACGCAAUUCACGAUCUCAUCCCAAUCUUCCGAGUGUCCUCGAGCCAUCAACUCUGCACCUCACAAAACAUCAAUUUAAAUCCCAAACAGAUAUUAAAUCCAACGGGCCGUUAUUAACAGACAAAACGAAUCACAUUCGAACAAAUUCACAGCCGAUUUAUUCCGAGUGUCCGAAUAAACCCCCCAAUGAAUCGGAGAUGCGAAAUAUAACGAAACGUAAAAACGAUGAAAAGAUUCAAAAUAGCGUUUACAGUGAACCGAUAUAUGCUUUUCCAAUGAAACCAUUCCUUAGCUCACAGGACGUGCGCGUUAACGGUCUGACUGUCAAACAACAUCAUCCGAAUCAGAAUAGUCAUUAUGUGCGGCCGAUUACGACCAGACUUAAUUUAGACUCUGUGAUAAACAAUAACCCCAAUUACAACACAAACCCUCAAGCCCACAAUAAAGAUCCCCCUCAUAUUGGCCAAGUGCCAUUUCGCAGCGUAGAAAUUAUUCCCGGCGCUACUUCAUCCCGACAAAAUCGCCCGCCCCAAACUUCGUUGCAUCGACAGUAUUCAAGCCCGCAAAUUCUCAGUCGGAAUUUAGCAGCUAAAAAUUUACGAAGCAAUUCAGUGGAGUCUAUAAUUGAGUCUCAAAAACAAUAUCAUAAUCAACAACAAAACGUCUGUCAGAAUCCGGAUGUAAAAUAUUACAAACAAGAGGAACAAAAAAAUAAUAAUGAACAAAUACAAUGUCAUCAAGAACCCACUUACAAUGUUAAAUCUUCAGCAGUAGUUAACAACGCAAUGACAAAUUACUCGCAUCCCCUCGCUUUACCCGAGCCUCCCAGUAACCCACCGCCACCUAAACCACCUCGGAAUCUCCAAGUACGAAAUGGGCCAAGGGCUCGUCGUGGUAAACCCGUACAACGAGCCCCAUCACGGUUAUAUCGAGCACUCAGUGGUCCAGUACGUUGUCUAAACAAGACACAAUGUGUCGGUCCGGAAUUUGUAGUACGAGCUAAUCAACCGUCAAAAUUCCUCAAAAUUGGCGAUCCUAAGGGCAACAAUGUAGGCCGUCUGGUUGUUAUCUUACUGUCCGGGCAACGGAUCGACGUCGUUUGUGACCGUAAUAGAAUAACUGCAAGUCAGUUAUUCCAGGCGAUAAUCCAGGCCGAGCAAUUGGAGGAAAAUUUUACUCUGGGGUUAGCGGCGCUAUUGGCAGGAGACUUCGCCAUGUUGCCUCCUGAAACAAAACUGCACAAAGUCGCGCCUCCUGGAUGGUUGAAUGACAAAAACAAACCCGGGCCGAUGUGUCUGCCGACAAGUUUCAUGCUCUAUUUACGGCAAAGAUUUUUCUUACCCUCAUUGCGCGGAAUCCGCAGUUGGAUUUCGAAGCAUUUGCUAUACCUACAGAUAAGACGAUGUAUUUUAGAACAGCAGCUGGUCUGCUCAGUGGCGCAGCUCGUCAAUCUGACAGGUCUUGCUCUCCAAGCGGAAUUCGGUAAUUACAAUGAAAAUGAACACGGUCGGGGAAAUUAUUUCCUACUCGAACAUUACGUGCCCGAGACAUUGAUUCUAUCAAAUUCUGAGGAGAGAUCCCAAGUGAAUUUAUCUAACGAAACACUUACAAUCCAGCUACACCAAGCGCACCAAAAUAGACGAGGUCUCGACGCAAACACCGCUGAGGAAUUAUUUAUUACUCAUGCCCAAGAACUUGAUGAUUAUGGCCUACAUCUUUACAUUGCGACGAUUGAUGCCAGGGAAUUGAACAAAAUUGUACAGCAAUUAUCCAAGGAAUCCACGUUAGCAAAAGUUAACUAUCAGGCGAACGACAGUAUCGUUAACGUCGACGGCAAAGAAAAUAUUUACGCUGUACCCAAAAACAUCAUUUCUGAUGUCAAUGGCAAAACUGUCAAAAGUAACGAUAAAAAUAACAAAGUCCGCAAAGCGGAAACGAACAUCUGGUUCGGUAUUUAUGGUCAAGGGGUUAAAUUAUUCAAACGCGCUGGUCAAGUAAGAGAAAUAAACGAAUUAGUUCGGCUGCAAUGGCGGGAUAUUCAUACACUGACUUACAGCAAAAACGGGCUGGCGAUUUACACUAAACAAAAUGGCCGCAAACACAUAAAAUUUAACCUUAAAAUGGACCACAAAAAAAGUUACUAUGCGUUCAAUCUCACGUCGUUGCAUCAUCAGUUUUUCCAAAAAUUCCGAUCGGGUCUUACGUCGCAUCAGGAUUUGAUAAAAGACUUUGGCGUCCCGCUGAUAACAGAUUCACUGGGUAACAUAAAACCCAAAAGUAAAGUUAAGGUUAAAAUUGGCAAUAAAAUAAUAGCAGCUAAUAAUAAUAAUGGGGAAAAUAAGCUUUCGUUAGAAGACUGUCAGAACAAAGAAAACGAGAAUCCGGAAAAAGAUUCAACUCCGUCACAAGUUAGCAAUGAUUCUGUUUGCUAUACACCUGAAGAUGACGCGCUCUAUGCACAAGUUGAUACGCGAUUAGAACCGGAAGGGGCACGAUUAGAGCCAGAGGGCGCUUCGCGUGAUACUGAAGAUGAAAGCGAACGUGUGCAAUUGAAUGAACGUGAUAAAUUAGAUAACUGUCGUGUUUUCAGAGAUGAAACGUACAAUUAUCAGAGCAUCGGGCAAUUGUGUAAAUCUAUUUACGAUAUACCGAAAUUAAUGUCUUCCAAUGGCUACAAGCCGACUGAUAAGAUUACGGUGCAUCCAGAAGAGCUUUAUGCGGCAAUCGAUAAGUCUGGUUGUGCUAAAAAAAAUAAAGUCCAUGUGUUUCGUUCAACGGAAUCUACAUCCGAUGCAUGGAAUAGUGAAAAUGAUGUCACUAAAAAUUAUAGCAAAAUAAAAACAUCAAGUCUUCCUAAUUCUAAUAGUAGUACGACAACGCGACAAGGACAGCAACAGCCUUCGCAACAGCAGCAACAACAGCAGCAACAAGGGUCUCGUACGCCAAGUUUACCUAGACGAUUGGGUGUUAAAAUGGGCACACGUGCAAUUUAUGGCAACAGUUUGGCGCCAAAAGAUUCUGCUGAUGAAUUUGAAUCAAUGUCACUUAAAUCUGAUUCUGUGUCUUCAAUCCGUUCAUUAGUCCAUUCAAAUGAUUCGCCGAUGACUGAAGCAUAUGUUUUAAAUGCAGACAUACGAAUUGAUGAUGAAACCUUUCAUAUUUCGAAUGACGAAACCAUGUCGACUUCCCUUAUGGCUCGGCUUGAAGAAUUGUCGUUUGUUGAAGAACGAAUUUUACGUACAAUUAAAUUAGAGAGAGGGCAUGGCGGUAGUAUCGGAUUGCAAGUGACCGAAGGGAAUGACGGCGGGGUUUAUGUCCAGGCGAUUUCAGUCGGCGGGUCUGCUGAUAUGGCGGGAAAUAUAAAUAAAGGUGAUCGAAUAGUAGCAAUAAAUGGCCAUAGUUUACUUAAUUUUCGUUAUGAAGACGCGUUAAAAAUGCUACAAAAUAGUUCUUGUCAAACGAUUGAAUUGAUUAUUUCACAAGUAAUAAAUCAUAAUAAUUAUAGUGAUAAUUAUAAUUGUAAUAAAGACAAUAUAAAGACAACCCGGCAUCAAUUACAAAGUACAAUUAAUGAUAAAUCAGAUAACUCAUUAGAUACGCAAACAACUUGUAGUUUAUCGUCAAGAUGGCUGGCGCCGUCGAAAUCAUGUGACCCGACGUCGUCAGUUCAAAAUACUUCCAGUGCUUACAGCAGCGCUGCUUCCAGUACCAUGGGCAAUUAUGAUGGCAAAAAUUUUUAUAUCGAUGGACUUACGAGUAAUGAAAUAAAUUCCGCAAGUAUACUGAUUAAUAUUGAAGACUUGGAUAUCAGCGGUACCAGUCAUCAAGUUUUUAUAUAAAUCAGGCGUUUCCUUAUCAAAAUAAUAAACAAGACUCACCAAGACGCGAUAAUAAGUCAGGUAA